AAGUCAAUUCAGAUGAUUCUAGACUAACUCAACCUUCGCUCCAUACAAACUUCAUGAUUGAUCAUUAUGCUUUCAAGUCUUUCUUCACUCUGGAUCUCAUCUCCAUAUUUUCAGGCACGGAAGGGAACCCGCGCGGAAUAUAAACAUCUGGGGCUGUACGAUCGGGUCCCAUCUCUCCACACAUUCUCACCAUGAACCAAUCACCAUCCAUUAUUCUCAAACUUGAAGAUGCAUUCACGAUUUCCCGAUGAACUUGGUAAUAUCUUACAGCUCGUACGGUCAAGCCUGGAAACUGGGACUCAUUCUCCGCAAGGUCAAGUUUGGAAAAAUGGGCUCACAGAUGAGACAUGGAAUAGAAUCUUAUUGCUUGGACUUCAUUAUAUAUCGUCCAUUUCUUCUACACUCUUACCUUCAUUCACAUUGACUGUCUUACUUUGCUCUUCCUCCUCUUCCUCCUCCUCCUCCUCCUCCUUCUCUUCGUCAAUAUCAUCUACAUCACCACAAUGUCUCCUGAAACCAUAGGCAUUGCGAUUAUCGCCACGGUUUUCUUCAUUGUUCGAUACCUCAAUCGCACAGAUACCCCAAAGAUUCAGAAUCUACCGGAAAUUCCUGGAUACCCUCUCUUUGGAAGUCUUCUAGAAUUUGGUGUCUCUCAUGCAUUGGUAGCCAAAAGAUUGGCUGAAAAGUAUGGUGCUGUCUUCCAAGUAAGAUUGGGAAAUAGGCGAAUUGUAUUCGUCAACACUUUCGAUGCGGUCCGCCAUUUCUGGGUUACCAAUCAAUCGGCUUUGAUCUCUCGUCCUACUCUUCAUACAUUCCAUAGUGUCGUGUCUACUUCUCAAGGUUUCACCAUUGGUACUUCUCCUUGGGAUGAGUCUUGCAAACAACGACGAAAGGCUGCAGCUACUGCUCUGAAUCGUCCGGCUGUUCAAUCUUAUAUGCCAAUCAUCGAUCUUGAGUCUAAGGUUUCCAUCAGAGAAUUACUCAAUGAUAGUCAGAACGGUCAAGUUGAUAUCGAUCCUAUCUCUUACUUUCAAAGAUUUGCUCUCAACACUUCUUUAACAUUGAACUAUGGAUCAAGACUUCACGAAGUCAAGGACAGGGAUUUACUUCAGGAAAUUUGUGAUGUGGAAAGAGCUGUUAGCAAUUUCAGAUCUACGAGCAAUAACUGGCAGGAUUACAUUCCCUUACUGAGAUUGUUACCAAAGUCGAACACCGAGGCUAUCGAAUAUAGAGAAAGAAGAGACAAAUACUUGAACUUCUUAUUGAACAAACUCAAGAAACAAAUCGAUGAAGGAACAGACAAUCCUUGUAUUACUGGAAACAUUAUCAAGGAUCCUGAUGCAAAGUUGAAUGAGAAUGAACUCAAAUCCAUCUGUCUAACAAUGGUUUCUGCUGGUCUCGAUACAGUUCCUGGUAACUUGAUCAUGGGUAUUGCAUAUCUUUCCUCUGAACACGGUCAAGAAAUUCAACAACGAGCAUAUGAAGAAAUUAUGAAGGUUUACCCAGAUGGAGAUGCAUGGGAACGUUGUCUUGUUGAAGAAAAAGUUCCAUAUGUUACUGCUUUCGUUCGCGAAGUUCUUCGAUUCUUCACUGUUAUUCCUAUUUGUCUUCCAAGAACCAGUAUCAAAGAUAUUGAAUACAACGGGGCUACUGUUCCAGCUGGUACUACUUUUUACAUGAACGCAUGGGCCGCUGACUACGAUUCUACCCACUUCAAAUCCCCCAAUACCUUCUCCGUUGAUCGCUAUCUUGAUAAUCUCGAAGGCGGCGGUACACCUCACUAUGCUUACGGUGCCGGUUCUCGCAUGUGUGCAGGUUCACAUCUUGCGAAUAGAGAACUCUUCACUGCUUUUAUUAGAUUGUUCACUGCCUUUCAAAUUGUGGCUCCGAAAGAUCCAAAGGAUAGGCCGAUCCUGGAUGCUUUGGAAUGUAAUGCAGUUAAAACUAGUUUGACAACAGAUCCUUAUCCAUUCAAGGUGGGUUUCAAGGUUAGGGAUCAAGGGAAGUUGGAGAAAUGGAUGAGUGAGGCAGAGGAGAGGACGAAGGAUCUUCAUUGAGAAGAAUGAGGUGGUAAUAAUUUUUGGAAAAGAUGGGUCUGGCAGGGACGAUGAAUAAUUUAUCGAUUUACGAUGGAGAGCAUUUUAUCAUGAUUCAUGACACGGAAUGAAACGUCAUAGAUAUUAGCAUAGCUUGGUCUUUUGUAUUGCGUACUGCAUAGCGAGUUUUUGUUUUUUGGGGGGUUUUUUCCAGCAUCCAGGUUUAGAAAAUUCUAGAGAAGAGAUUAAAUAAAAAUGAGAAAGAAAAUACCUAGU